AAGAAGAAAAAGAAGGAGCUGCGACCUGUCAGCGCAGAGACGAAACCCUCUCAGCGGCUCCUCCGGAGAGUCCACACAGGCUCUGCUCGGCCAGAGGACCACCUGCUGCCCACAUUUAUCCAGAACACACUUUACACGCUGAAGCGGGAGGAAUCUUCUGCGCACGCGUGUGAAUUCUCUUUCUCCUGAAGGCUGUUAGCUCAGCGCGUUAGCCUGUUAGCUGCUCCGUGUCCGAUCUGCAGGACUUUCCUCGAGAGGAGCGGACAGAGUCCACGGGAGCUGCACCCACACUCACCUGGGAUCCGGUUUACAGACGCACCUGCGAGUUUACGGUCCAAGCUCGGCUUCUGCACACAAAGUCUGAGCGGAAGCUCAACAAAAAAAGCUCCCGCAGAACAAGGAAGUCUAAAUGAACUUUGCUGCUAGCCGUUAGCUGGCACCCUGCUAGCCUCGUAGCCACCAUUCAUUAAUUGCAGCUGAAGGACACCUGCCCGCUAGACCCGUUGUUUCUUCUGGAAGCUGAGCUCACGGCUCGAGUUUUAGACAUGAUCCCUGACAAGCCCCCGCGGGAGAACGUGUUCCACGGCUCCGAGGAAAUGAAGGAGGCUCACGUCCCGAGUUUCGACAAGUACAGAGAGCUCUACAUGAAGUCCGUGGACAACCCGGACGAGUUCUGGGGCGACGUUGCUAAGGACUUCUUCUGGAAGACCAAGCACACGGGUCAGUUCCUCGACUACAACUUUGAUGUGACCAAAGGAGAAAUCUACAUCAAGUGCAUGGAGGGAGCGUCCACCAACAUCUGCUACAACCUGCUCGACCGCAACGUCCACGAGAAGAAGCUCGCCGAUAAAGUCGCCUUCUUCUGGGAGGGCAACGACCCCGGCGACGAGCUGACGGUGACCUACAGGGAGCUGCUGCAGAGAGUCUGUCAGUUCGCCAACGUCCUGAAAGCUCAGGGCGUGAAGAAGGGCGACCGCGUGUCCAUAUACAUGCCCAUGGUGGUCGAACUGGUGGUCGCCAUGUUGGCGUGCGUACGCAUCGGAGCGGUCCACUCCAUCGUGUUCGCAGGUUUCUCUGCAGAGUCUCUGUGUGAGAGGAUCGUGGACUCUCAGUGCUGCCUGCUCAUCACUGCAGGUCAGCCUCACCUGCACAACGCACCUGCAACACGCUCGUUACAGAUAUCCAUAAACCUGCAGGUAGCAGUGUUGAGUCUGACCUUGACCUCUGACCUCCUUUGGUUGGACAAUAAGCUACUUGUGGGUUGUAAAAAAGGUGAAAUGGCCGAGUUAACCGGGGAGCGAGAUCCAGACCAACGAAACGUCGCAGAGCUGGAAAAGCUGCUCACGCCAAUCAUUCCAUCUUUAUUGAUCUCUGUCUUCACCCAGAGGUGGCGCCGGGACGCUCGCCGCGUCCGGGUGGAGCGUUUAUGUUGCUCGUUUAUUCGUCCUGAUGAUCUCAUACCAAACGUAGGGUUCCCGGUCGGGCGCUGCAUCAUGCUGAAGCACCUGUCCAAAGAACCGGAGGGGAUUCUGGGCUCUCAGUCGCCUCCCGCCAAACGGCCGUGCCCCGAUCUGCAGGAAAAACAGGCGGGCAGAGUAAAGAAAACGCGUCCCGUACCAAAGGUGCCGUGGAACCCCGAGGUGGACCUGUGUUGGCACGCUCUGCUGCGUGGCGUCUCAGACGAGUGUGAACCCGAGUGGUGCGACUCUGAAGACCCGCUCUUCAUCCUCUACACCAGCGGCUCCACCGGCAAGCCGAAGGGAGUUCUCCACACCGUCAGCGGCUACAUGCUCUACACCGCCACCACCUUCAAACUGGUGUUCGACCACCAGCCCGACGACGUGUACUGGUGCACGGCGGACAUCGGGUGGAUCACCGGCCACUCUUACAUCACUUACGGCCCGCUGGCCAACGGGGCCACCAGCGUCCUGUUCGAGGGCCUGCCCACCUACCCCGACGUGAGCCGUAUGUGGGAGAUCGUGGACAAAUAUAACGUCACCAAGUUCUACACGGCUCCCACCGCCAUCAGGCUGCUGAUGAAGUCUGGAAACGAGCCGGUGCAGAGGUACAAGAGAAGCUCUCUGAAGGUUCUGGGGACGGUCGGCGAGCCCAUCAACCCCGAGGCCUGGCAGUGGUACUACAACGUGGUCGGGGAGAAGAGGUGCCCGAUAGUCGACACCUUCUGGCAGACGGAAACGGGAGGACAUGUUCUGACUCCUCUGCCCGCGGCCACGCCCAUGAAGCCUGGAUCUGCUACGCUCCCGUUCUUCGGCGUGGUGCCGGCCAUCCUGAACGAGUCUGGGGAGGAGCUGGAGGGGCCCAGCGAAGGAUACCUGGUGUUCAAGCAGCCGUGGCCCGGCGUGAUGCGCACCGUUUACGGAAACCACGAGAGGUUUGAAAGCACCUACUUCAAGAAGUUUCCAGGAUACUACGUCACAGGAGACGGUUGCCGUAGAGACAAGGACGGGUACUUCUGGGUCACAGGAAGGAUAGACGACAUGUUGAACGUCUCAGGUCACCUGUUGAGCACAGCUGAGGUGGAGUCGUCUCUGGUGGAGCACGAGGCCGUCGCCGAGGCCGCCGUGGUGGGCAGACCUCAUCCGGUCAAAGGAGAGAGCCUCUACUGCUUCGUAACGCUCAAAGAUGGCGUGAUGUACAACAGCGAGCUGGAGGCGGAGCUAAAAAAGCAAGGUGGGUGA